AUGACGGGGAAAGCGGGGGAAGCGCUGAGCAAGCCUAAAUCCGAGACGGUGGCCAAGAGUGCCUCGGGGGGCGCCCCGGCCAGGUGCACAGGAUUCGGCAUCCAGGAGAUCCUGGGGUUGAACAAGGAGCCUCCCAGCUCCCACCCGCGGGCUGCCCUCGACGGCCUGGCCCCCGGGCACUUGCUGGCAGCGCGCUCGGUGCUCAGCCCCUCAGGAGUGGGCAGCAUGGGGCUGCUGGGGCCCGGGGGGCUUCCCGGCUUCUACGCGCAGCCCACCUUCCUGGAAGUGCUGUCCGAUCCGCAGAGCGUCCACUUGCAGCCACUAGGCAGAGCGUCGGGGCCGCUGGACGCCAGCCAGACGGCCAGCUCGGAUUCUGAGGAUGUUUCCUCCAGUGACCGAAAAAUGUCCAAAUCGGCUUUAAACCAGACCAAAAAACGAAAGAAGCGGCGACACAGGACAAUUUUUACUUCCUACCAGCUAGAGGAGCUGGAGAAGGCAUUCAACGAGGCCCACUACCCAGAUGUCUAUGCCCGGGAAAUGCUGGCCAUGAAAACAGAGCUGCCAGAAGACAGGAUUCAGGUGUGGUUCCAGAACCGCAGGGCCAAGUGGAGGAAGCGAGAGAAGUGCUGGGGUCGGAGCAGUGUCAUGGCUGAAUAUGGGCUCUACGGGGCCAUGGUGCGGCACUCCAUCCCUCUGCCCGAGUCCAUCCUCAAGUCUGCCAAGGAUGGCAUCAUGGACUCCUGUGCCCCAUGGCUACUGGUUCAAGAUGGCUUUCCCAGGCGCUUUUCUAAACCCGAAUACCAACAAUUCUUUUUAGGGAUGCACAAAAAGUCGCUGGAGGCAGCAGCUGAGUCGGGAAGGAAGCCCGAGGUGGAACGCCAGGCCCUGCCCAAGCUUGACAAGAUGGAGCAGGAGGAGCGGGGCCCAGAUACCCAGGUGGCCAUCUCCCAGGAGGAACUGAGGGAGAACAGCAUUGCAGCGCUCCGAGCCAAAGCUCAGGAGCACAGCACCAAGGUUCUGGGGACUGUGUCAGGGCCUGACAGCCUGACCCGGAAUGCUGAGAAGCCAGAAGAGGAGGAAGCCAUGGAUGAAGACAGGCCAGCUGAGAAGCUCAGCCCACUGCAGCUGGAGGACAUGGCUUAGGUCAAGGGGUGCUGGUCCUGGAACCCUGAGACUCUGCUCCUCUCAGAGGCCUGUGGUGCAGGGAUAUUCUGAGAAAAGGUCAGGCCUGGCCUCUGCCACUCUUCCCUGUACCACGGAUCCUCCAUUACCCCCAUCAACUCCAGGCACAGGGCAGUCCUGGCUGUGACUCUGCAUCACACUGAGACAUCCUGGACCUACCCUUGACUCCAAUAUCCUCCUCAUCCCAAUAUCCCUGCCUCAGAAACUUUCUUGCUGCCCAACCUCAAGCCCCUGUCAUUCCAUCCCUAGGUGACUCUGGCUGUCCAAGCCCACCCUUUAUUCUCUGUGCUCUCAAGAGCCCUCCUUUCCAGCUCAGCGCCCCUAUGGACUCUGUCAGCCUCUGUCUAAAGCCUAUUGCUGCAAACCCAUGGCUUGCCACAGUUGUGACUUGAAUGGAGGACCUAAACUCCAGCUUCGGUGUCCUGAGCACCACAGUCCUCAGCAGGGCCUCUCCUCUGCAACUGUUCCUUCUAGCUGGCCUGGACCUGGGGUCCUACUGUGUGAAUAUACUGCUCUGCUGGUCCAUGUGUAACCUCUGCUUCCUCUGCUCCACCCACUGAUGGUGUCCAGAUUCAAGACUAAAGGGGGAAAGCCUCAGACUGGGCACUUCUACUACCCUGUCUCAUGCUGUGGUGUGGUCAUCCUUCGAACCUGCCUUCUCCACACCCAGCCUGCCCUAGGGGUUCAUCCAUUGCAGAGGGGGCACUUUUCAUCAUGCUGUGGUUCAUCAUACUACUGGGGAACCCAAACCCUCUACCCAGAGCUCUUGAGCCUCUGGGGCCUGUGCUUCUGAAGUAUUCUGAGUCUCCUGCCUGUGACCCUGACUUGCUCCUUAAGGCUCCCUUCCUCCAGAGCUUCUUGUAACCUACUGGUUCAUAGUAGGUUGUGGCUUGAAAGCCACAGAUCUCACCUUUCCUUGAUCUAACCAUCCCUAAAAGGCCAACUCUAAAGAGGAUGUGGGCUAUAAAUACUCAUCAAAGCUAGGUGACAAGGAGGGCAUGGGGGAAAUUUCAAAAGGAAAAUAGUAGGUAAACCUAGACUAAGCUGCAAGCACUCACAACUUCAUGUAUGCCCAGAAGCAUGUCCACUAGAUAAGAAGCCAUGUUAGACUGAGGGACUGGGGUGUCUGUCUGCUGAGGAAUGGAGCUAGCUAUACUGAUGGACUCUGCAAAUGCCUCUCACACCUGUCUUUACAUUGUUAGUGGGGGCACACAGCUUUAUGGAGCCUUCUGGUCCCCCUCACCCUGUGAAGUUCCUUCUAGCACCUCACCUUUGCAGGGAAUACUUCACAAGAAAGCCCUGAGACAGUGGGUUGCAAUUUUAAUUCUGCUCUGAAAGUUGAUUUCUUCUUCAUUCUGUCCAUGGAACUCUUCCCCUUCCAAGUUCUUAUCUCUGUCUCCUAUUGGUUUGAGAUGUUAGACUCUAGCCCUGGUGUGUAAAUAAUGUACAUAGAGUCAGAAGGAAGAAACUUCAUAUUGAGAUGUUUGACACACAGAACUGUAAUAACUUUUAGGUAUUCGAAACGUGAUUUCUGUACCAUUUUCUGUAAAGACACAAGUAAGAAUAAAAUUUAUGCAAAAACUCUGGGAAGGGAUCCAGGAGGACUCCAUACAUGGGGUUGGUUGGUUGCUUGAAUGUGUGGAUAGAUGGCAUAAAAAGUAAACCCACAAAGGCUUUUAGGCCAAAACUAGAUUCCCUCUUUCAAAAUGACUCCAGAUUUUGAAGAACUGGCCUGCCUCUGGCAGCUGAGCUCAUGAUACCCUUGAGUGACAUUUGUCUCUGUAAUAUGGAACCAUUCUCCACUGCAAAUCCAAUUUACAUCUCUGUCACAGAGCUCCAAGUUAUUAUCUAUAAGCCUUUGCUAGUUCCCACACAGGAAGGUGACAUUAGCCCUUCUCUUUGAUAGUUACUUCUCUCUAAUCAAUCCUAUUUUGUCUGUGCCUCUAGUGAUGCCCAUGGUCCCCCUGGGCCCCCAGGAACACAGACUCCCUUUAGUGUACGCCUGUGCACUUGCACAUUCCACCUUCAACAUACACAACAGCAAACAGAAAAGGUAAGCGUAUCGGGAAAUGAAAGUCAGAUGAUACUAAGUCCUUUGUCAAAGAGGAAAGAUGGCUUGAGAGAUGGCUCAGUGGUUGAGAGUGCUUGCUGCUCAAUCAUCUGGAUCAUAAUUUGGAUCCCAGCACCCAUAUCACAAGCCAGGUGUCUGAAAAAACACUCAUAAUUCCAGCUCC